AUGUCAGUCAUCCAGUCUGCGGCCAUCCUUGCGUCGCUGGUUGCCUCCGUCGCAGCACACGGACAUGUCCAGGGCAUCGUCGCUGGUGGCACCUACUACACCGGCUACGAUCCUUCGUUCCAAUACUCCCCCAUCCCACCCAUCGUUAUCGGCUGGUCCGACCCACAAGACCUGGACAAUGGCUUCAUAGCGCCGAGCAACUACACCAAUCCGGACAUAAUCUGCCACCGCAACGCCACCGCGGCUGGCACCUCCGCCCGCAUCGCCGCCGGCGACGUCGUCGAACCCCAGUGGACGCCCUGGCCGAGCAGUCACCACGGCCCGGUUAUUGACUACCUCGCCAAAUGCCCUGGGUCCUGCUCAGACGUCGAUAAGACGACCCUCGAGUUCUUCAAGAUCGAUCAGGUUGGACUGAUCGACGAUACCACGGAGCCAGGUACUUGGGGCUCGGAUCAACUCCUCGCCAACAACAACAGCUGGACCGUUACCAUCCCUCCCUCCAUCGCACCGGGCAACUACGUCUUGCGCCACGAAAUCAUCGCGCUACACUCUGCGGGCACGGCGGACGGGGCGCAGAAUUACCCGCAGUGCGUCAACCUGGAAAUUACGGGGAGCGGGACUGAUACUCCGGCUGGCACGCUGGGGCAGAAGCUGUAUGGUGCUAAUGACUCUGGGAUUCUGAUCAACAUCUAUCAGAGUUUGAGCACGUAUGAAAUACCGGGUCCGAGUUUGUACAGUGGCGCUGUGGCGAUGAGCCAGACUCAGGUGGCUAUUACGGGAUAUGCGCCGCUUAGUUCUGGUGGCGUUGCGGUAUCGAUUGCUUAUAGUUCUGCCACAACGACGACGGCCGCGGCAGGAUCUUCGUCUGUGGCGCGUUCGACUACCGCUGCGUCUGCGUCUGCGUCGACCGCCAUCGUCUCUGCCCUCCCGAGCACGGCGUUGACGCAGACACUGCCCACUGUCUUACCGACUGGAACGGCGGUGUCGAGCAACGACACAAUCGCCGGCUUGCCGCCCGCAGAGGCACCUCCGGCAGGCACGACAUUGCAGGAUCUCUUCGCAUGGCUCGAAUAUAUGCUUGAGGGGCUAGCGAGUACUGGAGGACGACAUCAGAGGGAUUUUAAAGAGCGGAAGUAA